AUGCCGAAACGACAAAAGAGGUCGAAGUGUCACCAGGAGAAUAUUUUGUGGGUUGAUCUGGAGAUGACAGGCCUGGAUCCGCAGACUGAUCGAAUCAUGGAGAUAGCAUGUAUUGUCACAAAUGAUGAACUGGAAGUUCUCGAAGAAAUGGAGACAAUAAUUGUACACCAGCCACAAGAUAUUUUGGAUAACAUGAACGAAUGGUGUGUGAAUCAACACGGAAAAUCAGGUCUCACGCAAAAGUGUCUGGAAAGCACUAUCAAACUAGAGGAAGCUGAGGAGAAAAUAGUCUCGUUUGUUUCCCAAUAUUGUCCCCCAAAUAAAUGCCCAAUCGCAGGAAAUUCCGUAGGAACUGAUGUUGUGUUUUUGAAAAGUCACAUGCCGAACUUGGCCAAGAUUCUUCAUUACAGAAUCAUCGAUGUGAGUUCGAUCAAGGAGCUUUGCAGACGAUGGUAUCCCAGUGUGUUUUCACGGACGCCUAAGAAAACAUUGUCUCACCGAGCCCUUGAUGAUAUAAAGGAGAGCAUUAAUGAACUGAUUUAUUACCGAGCCAAUGUUUUCAAAUAG